UCCGAUCAGCUCAGCAGAACCGGAACCGUCAGUCAUUUGGCUUCAGACUGAGGAGGAACCAGACGCAUCAGAGCUUCCUCCUCCGUUUGGACCCUGGAUCAGAACCACAUCUUCAUCGUCUCGCCAUAAAAAGGUUGGAAACACAAAGAGAGUCUGAAGGAGGCGAUUCCUCCUGAUCCGAACCCGAAGGUUCCAGCUGUCAGCCAAACAUGGAGACGUUUCAGAUGUCAGAGGAACAUGAAGAACCUGCAGCAGCAGCAAACAGCAGAGAUUUAAAGAAGAAUCCAGGAGGAAAACUUUUCCCUCUGCUGCUCCUGAGCUUCGGUUUCCUCUGCCUCCUCCAAUCUGCCCUCAACAUCUCACUGCGUCUGACUUCCUAUUGUUCCUGUCACCCUGACAAGAACCUGACUGGACCCGACCAGAACCAGACCUCACAACCUGCUGAGACGCCUGCAGCCCGAACGGCUCGGAUCCAACAGAUGAAAAGGCUUUUCUGUGUUUAUGGCGGCGAGGCAGAAAACCCGGAAGUGGAUUUAAGAGCCUUGCCCAGUUCCUUCAAACAACAGUUGGCGACAUUUUGUCCAAGCAUCUACUACAUUUCCUCCACCAUGACAACAUGGAAUAAAAGCAGAAACUAUUGUCUGGGAAGAGGAGCCGACCUGGUGACCAUCAACAGCAGAGAAGAGCAGAACUUCCUGAGACGGUUGAGACACAAAGUUUGGAUCGGACUGAUGAAAAAGGCCGGAGAAUGGGAAUGGGUGGACGGGACUCGACUCAACCCCAGUUUCUAGGAGCCAAACAACCAUGAAGACACAGAUGAAGACUGUGGUGAAAUCCGACAUUUUGACAUGGAAAACAACUGGAAUGACGUUCCCUGUGGAACCCAGAACUCCUGGGUCUGUGAAGUAAAGCUGCAGGUGACGGACAGAACCAGGACCCAGCAUGCUGGAUGUUUUCCUGCGUCGCCUUUCGUUUUCAGGCCAGAGGAGACGAAAUGCACGGCGAGGCAAAAC